UGACACGAGCAGCGGCCAAUGGGAAGCAGAGGAUCAUGUGAACAGGUUGCUGCUGUCAUGCAGACGGGACCACACUCUUUCUCCUUAUAGUGACCUCUACCAGCUUCUGAUCCGCUGAUCAUGAAGGUCAUGAGGAGCUCCCGUGUUAUUCUGACAAAUCCUCUCAGCGUUUUGUGAGACUUGAGGAGCCUCUCAUCUCCACACUGCUCCUCCUGCGUGCUGCUGAAAGCUGAAAGAGUUAAGAAGAUUUGGCAGCUCCGCGGCAGCCAGCCAGCCGGUGAGGGAGGAACCGGCUUCCGGUGGCCAGAGGCAGGCGGCUCACUUGCCCAGGAUUAAGUGGGAUCGGGAGAGAUUACAGCUCUCUCUCUCUCUCUCUCUCUCGUUCCCUGCAGCUUGAUGGAAGUGUAGCACUCCGGGGAAUAUUUUCCCAUCGUAUACACAGUUUCCUGCACAAGUAUUGGUGCUGAAACCUGCAGCAGCUGGAGGAUAAAAGCGUGUGGCAUCCCGAAGGAUUCAGACUUAAAGGUUGUUCCCGUCCUCAUCAGCAGUCAGCGGGUGGUUGGGGGUCAAAGGUCGGGGGUCCAGUGACCAUGAGGCAGGCGGUGGAGGCUCAGGUGUUGAACCCCCACUGUGAACUAGGAGAACACGGCCUGCGUCAGAUCCUCACUGAUGUGAUCGAGGAGGUGAGGCAGUCAGUAUCUCAGGACAUCGACGGAGCGGAGAUCCUCCACAGUCUGCUGAACGCCGCCUGGCUGCAGUCGCUGCUCAAGGUUUAUGAGUGUCUUCAGAGGUACCUGAGAGACUCUCCAGCACCAGCUCUGGACUACGCUUCAGGACUUUCACUUCAGUUGCUGAUUGACAUCAGAUCGUUGCCGGGCUGCUCUGAAGAGGCCAAAGAGCUCUACCGCCUCCUGAGACAGCCGCACCUGCAGGCUCUCCUCUCAGCUCAUGAUACGGUGGCCCAGAAGGACUAUGAGCCGGUGCUGCCGCCGAUGCCAGACGAGCUGCCGGAUGACGAGGAAGCCACCAGGAUCGUCUGCCUGGUCAAGAACAAACAGCCUCUGGGAGCGACGAUCAAGAGAAGCGAGAUCUCAGGGGAGAUCUUUGUUGCUCGGGUGAUUCAUGGAGGGCUGGCUGAUCGGAGUGGUCUGCUCCACGCAGGGGACAGGAUCAUAGAGGUGAACGGAUUUCCUGUGGACGGGAUGGAGCCUGAGCAAGUCAUCCAAGUUGUGCAAGCGAGAUCACAAGGCACCAUCAUGUUCAAGGUGGUUCCCAUCACAGAGAGGCCGGUCCACAACCAGACGAUGCUGUACGUGCGGGCCAUGACCGACUACAGCCCCCAGCAGGACCCCGCCAUCCCCUGCGCCGACGCCGGUAUGAGCUUCAGGAAAGGCGACGUCCUGGAGAUCGUGGACCAGACGGACGCUCUCUGGUGGCAGGCCAAGAAACUGCCCUGCAACACGGCCUGCGCCGGCCUCAUCCCCUCCACCAGCCUGCUCAAACGGAAGCAGAGGGAGUUCUGGUGGUCUCAGCCUUAUCAGCCACAUGCCUGCACACAGACCUUGAGCACUGUAGAGGAAGAGGAAGACAUUUUUGCCAUCGAUGACAGAUGUGUGGAAGCAGAUGAGGAGGCUUUUGAAUCUGAGGAGCUCAGAUCAGAGGAGGAUGACUUCUGUACCAACGUUGACGGGAUCUACUUAGUGGGCUUCAGGCGCAGCAUGCGUCUGUGUCGGCGGCGGUGUCACAGCACCACCCAGCCGUCCUGCCUCGCCCGCUGCCCCAGCAGCUGCUCCAGCUCCAUCAACAGCCCCUACGAGGAGGUGGUGCGCUACCAGCGCCGCCCGCAGGAUGCACAACGCCUCAUCGCCCUCUUAGGUCCGUCCGGCGUGGGUGUGAAUGAACUUCGGAGGCGCUUAAUUGAAAUGAACCCCAACAUCUUCCAGGGAGCCGUACCUCACACCAGCAGAGCACCCAAAGGAUACGAGGAGUCUGGCAGAGAAUAUCACUUCACCAGCAGAGAAAUCUUCGAAAACAUGAUGUAUAACAACAGGUUUCUGGAGUACGGGGAGUACAAAGGGAAUUUUUACGGCACCAGCAACGAGUCUGUGAAGGAAGUUUUAAACAGCGGAAAGAUCUGCGUCAUGGACAUCGAUCCAAACGCCAUUCAGGCGGUGAGGACCCACGAGCUGAGGGCCUACAUCAUCUACGUGAAGCCUCCUCCACUGGAGCGCCUCAAGGAGACCAGAGAGGACUCGUACAUCACCACCGACUACUACGUCAACCGACCCUUCAAGGAUGAAGACUUCCAGGAGAUGGAAGAAUCCGCCCGGAAGAUCGAGUCUCACUUCUGUCAGUUCUUCGACCACGUGAUCGUCAACGAUGAGCUGCAGGACUCCUGCGUCCAGUUGCUGACGGCUAUGAGGAAGGCGCAGGACGAGCCGCAGUGGGUCCCCGCCAGCUGGAUACGACCCACCACCACAUAAGAGAGGACGGAGGCGGAGACCAAAGGUCACCCCUGUUAUCAUGGCAGCAAUUAUUUAUAUUUUACAGAUUCCUCACUGUAAUAUCUUAACAUGUAAAUCAAUUUUCAUGUUUUAGGAGAGCAGUGCAUGAAAGAAAUCUACAUAUUUUGACCCUGUGUGUUUGACCUGGUAAAGAUAAAGAUGCAGCUAAAGCCCAAAGAAAUCCCUGGAAUUGUUAACUACUAGUUCAAACAGCUUAAAACAACUUAAGUGCACCUUCUUCUGUGCUUUUUUGGAGCAACACAGACGACCACUUUCUUGCCCUGCUCCCCUCUCUUUUUACACAGACCUGCAAUAAAGACUGUGACAUUUUUCAAAUUGAUGUUUACAUGCUAGAAAGCAAAGUGGUUUUCUUAUUAUAUGUUUUAUUUUUCAUUCUGAAUUUCUUUUGUGGUUUGAUAUAACCUAAAUUGUGUCAUUGCAUGCCAAAAAAAAGGUUUACUAAACAUUAACAAAAAAGCUGUGUUGGGGCGCACAAAUUACACGUUGUGUCCAAAAUAAUGUGAUAAUGUGCAAAAGUGCAAGAAAAGCAAUUAUAUUUUAAUAUUUAUACCUGUUUGUGACAUUAAUAAACCACUUCUGAUAGUAAUGUA